AUGGGCAUUCCCAUCGGAUGGAACAUCAAGCGCGAGCAAGCAAGGGACAAGGACCUUCUGCGAGCCGACUUGACGGGCCAGCGCUCGCCCAUCCGGCGUCGCGUCCGACCAAACCGGUCGCCACGGCCGCACACGACGCUCGACACCGAGUUCCUCAUCUCGGCGCCGGGCGCUGCUGCCCACAUCGAAUGGAUCCCGCGCUCGUCGCACCGCCCGCGCCUCGCGCCGCCCCCGGUGCCCGAAGUCUCGAGAUCAGACUACCGCGGCAAUGAGGCUGCCGGCAACCCCCCUCCGCCGCUGAGCCCCAUCAGCACCCUGCGCCGGUCGCGCAACCGCCUGGAUGAGUUCAUCCGCACCUAUGGCACCCGCAGGGCCCGAGACACGGAACGCUCUCUUGCAGGCCUCACCCCGGGCUUUGCGCCCGCCACAGCCUCACCACCUUCGCGCGCAGACACAGCACACGACGCGCGCGACGUUUCCCGCGUCCGCGAGCGGCCUUCGUACCGUCGCGCUGCCCACCCGAGAUUGACACGUUCGCGGAGCCCCCGCGCGGACCGAUAUGCGCCAAGGAGCGACGGCACCAGCACGCCUGAUGAAGACCACGAAAGCAGCGACAACACCCCCGUGGCCUUUCCACAACUCCGCAGAAUGGGUCGCCGCACCAUCGCCGAUGGACCGUUGCCUACAAGCUCGUUGCGCGAAUCCUGGAGCCCGGUGCCCGCUCUGGACGGCUUGGGCGACCGCAAUCGCAGCGUCAGUCCAUUCGACGACCAAUUGAGCUGGGAUACCUUCCUUACAACCGUCGUCGACGAUCCCGUUGCGCCAACUGCAACAUCGUCAUUUGCGUCAGCCGCCGCGUCAGCCUCGUUCACAGACUCGCACCCCAGUUCCCGGGCAGGCAGUUCGAACUCGGCCUCGUCCUCGCAGACCCAUCUCACGAUCCCUUCACGGCGCCCAAGUCCUCUGCAGCACGAUCAAUUCCUCCGUGCUUGCGAUACUUCAGACAACGACACGGCCUCAGACACGGAAGAGGACGAGGAGACUGAAGUACGUGUUCCCAUGCGCCGCCCACACACGGAACACCCGGGAGACGAAGACGGCCUCUCAAGUUCGACAGCGCCCCGUCGCAGAAUGCGGCCAUCAUACUUCUCAAACGAGCCCCCGAUGCGCGACGCAGAGCGCUACUCGCUUCGCAUAAUCGACCGGUCCCGCGACGCAAGCGUCUAUGUACACAACUUCUACAACCGAGCCAACCGAACCAACUGGCGAAACACGCAGACGGAAGAAGCCUCAAGGCCUCCAAUGUCGCAGCUCGACGGACCUGCCGACGAGCCUGCAAACACGAGUGAGGAGGAGACCCCCCCGCCAUUGGUACGGGCCGAUUCUACGCCAUUAGACCAGGAACUCCGUGACGCCCGGUCCUUGCUCGAGCGUCUUGCGCACCGCCAAGAUAUCAGCGACGACUUUUGGGCCUCGGUCGGCUUGACGCGAUCUUUUGCUGAUCCCGUUGAGCGCUUUCAAGAGCUUGAACGUCUUUGA